CUAUAAAAGUGUUUACAAUUAUUUUUCCGGGAAAUUAAAAAUUCUACUAAUCCACGGCCGUUCCCUCUUGGGAUCCCAUGUAAAGUAAAAUUCCCUUAACUUCCCUGUAAAGUAGCUGUAAAUGAUUAUUGCUAUAUUAUCCGUAUUUGAAUUCAUCAAAAAAAACAGUAAACAAUAUACGUUAACAUAUACAAUCUUGAAAAGGAUGUCUUGGCUUUUCUAUUUUUAGCUUGUGAUUCAUUUAGCAAAUAAAGUGUGUGACGAUUAGAGCUAAUUUUAGCAGCAGUUUACGUGAAUACAUCAAUAAGUACGUAAUAAUUUUUUUCAGAUAAUGAUAAAAAAUUCGUUAUAAAUAAAAGGAAAAAUGUAAAAAUCCUUCAUUCAUUGCUGGUCCUUUUUACAUAAUGGUCAUACUAUAAAAAGUGAUGAUGAAAUGAUAAUGGUUCAAACUUUGACUGUUAUUCAUAUCGGAAGAGUUUUGCAAGAAAAGUGAUGAAUUUUGGCGGGAACUAGAUUAACUUUGGUUCCAACAUGUCGGGGAAUAAUCCGCGAAAGUUCAAGGACCGUAUUGCUCUGCUAGCACAGAAGCAGGCCGAGGGCACCCAGCAGUUUAAAGACAUUAUGCAAGCUGUUGCUGAGGUCAAGAAGCCGGUGAACUUGACCUUUGAAGGUCACGAGGUCGGGGAGGGGAUGGUUAUUCCUCGGCAUGAGUUAAGUCCGGCAAUUUUACACCCAGCACAUUACAGAUUGCAUGGUGGAUCCCUACCGAAUGUAAAUCAAAUGAUGUCGGCCAAUAAUGGAAGCGAGGGUCAACCUAGUUACUUGCCAGGAUACCCUGUUUUGUCACAGGGCAGUGUGCCUUCAGAUUACUCCGCCAUAUUCAACCUGAACCCAGUUUACACAUCCGCCGGACAUAUUUCUACGGCGGAGAGGAGUCGAGGAUCAUCAGGAGGCGGAGCAAUGAGAAACCGGUCUGGGGAUCGCCGUUGGGAUACUUCUCCUUACGGCGGAGAUCGAAACGGAUAUUCGUCCUCACUAUCUACCUAUCUUUCUCCGCCUCCUGAAUCGAGAUGGCGGAGAACCGCCUCUGAUUCUGCCCUGUACCAGAGUGUAAAGCCUCCAGCACCCCCGGAAGCUAGCAGUGAGGGCGGAAGUCCGGUUAGUUUAAACCUCGAGGAUUUAAAACCUUCUGCGGACUUUUUAGCGCAGUUUUAUCCAAUGAGCGAGGUUCAGAUUAAACAGGAACCUGAGGUUAACGAUGUUCACAGCCUGAGUGAGGGAGGGAUGAGGAAAGGGGGGAUGGAAGUGGCACGAAGCGCCAACUCUCCGUCCUGCUCCCCAAUGUCCCCGAUGUCCCCGCCAGGGGGCUCCUCCCCCACCUACCAAUAUAUCCCUCCAGACCUAGAAUCAGGAUUUCAAAACUUUCGUCUUGAUUCUCAGCCACAACAGCAACAGCUGGUUCAACAACAACAACAACAACACCAACAACUGCACCAGGAACAGCAACAGCUAUCACAACAGCUGCCGCACCAACAACUACAAAAAAGACAACAAUUGACAAAUCCCCAGAUGAUUCCCUCUCAUCACCAACAUCACCAUCAACACCAACAACAACAACAGCAUCCACAGCAUAUACCUGAACACCUGCCACAGCUGACUUUCCCUGAUUUUCAGUUUUUCAGGGAUUCUUUUCAGCACCAAGACAGAUCAACACCCACAGAGCCUGCUUCCCCUCACACCCCGUCUACCCUCCCGGGGUUUAUAAUCACCGACUGGGAUAACUCCAGUGAUAACUUGGACAAGGAGUUUGUUGACACUAUGCGUGAAGGUCUGGAACCUAUUGAUGAUCAACUGCUCGCUACGCUCACGGGACAGAACUCAUUUGUGGACCCAGCAACAGAGGAACAGUUUAAACUCAAUUAUUAAAGGGACUGAACCAUAGGUUCCAAGUGACUCCAUUUAUCUGAAGAAUGCAGGAGAUUUUGUCAUCAUCUUCUCUUUUUUUAAUUGUGAUAUCUUGUGGAUUUCUGGUGCAGAAAACAUCAAGGAAUUGUUAAAUUAAACAUUUUUUAACCAUAGUCACUAAACAGAAAACGGAUGAGUGGGUGCUGUUGUAAAUUGGACAUGCAUUUUUUUUUGCAAGAACAAUCCUUUUAACUACAUCACGUGAUUAAAUUCUGUCUAAUGCUGAGAUCAUGUUAUAAAUUAAUAAUAUAUCCUAUUAAUCCAAAAGAAUGGAACAUCAUGUAUCAUAAUGUUAUUAUUUCCUUUUUCCAAAUUUCUUAUUGUGAUACUUCACAGUUAUCCAUGAACGUUGCAGGCUCUCACGCAAAAAUCGAUUAGAAUUUUGCCAAUUACUCAAAAAACCAAAUCUUUAUUGUUCUAAAAUGAACAUAUUUAGGGUUAAAAAAAACCACAAGUGAGUUAAUUUAAAAUCAAAGGCCAAGUGUUUACAACACGGCAAAGUUGACCCAAAGUGGGUCUAAAUAAAGAUUUAGUUCUUCACACAUUUAAAUAAGGCACUCUGGAUUGUAAGGAUUAAAAAUUAUGCCUUAGACACCAGAUGUGAAGUACAUGCUGCCUCCGAUGUAAUUAUAACUAAGAUUGUAUUUUUAAGAGUGUAUUAAAAUAAGUUUAAAACAUUUGUAGAUUUAUCGGAUUACCAAUGAGGAAGAUAUCAUCGUUUUACUUUCUUAGAAACGGUCAGAAAUUGCAAUUCCUCCUGUUAUCUGCUGCACUAAUCUAGCUAGAAGUAUGUUUAUAAAAACCGCAAUGGAAAAUAAUCAAUUUUUAAGAAUAACUCAUUUAUCUCGUAAUAAAGUGUCACUUACGUUGACAGUCCCUUUAAGUACUAUAACUUGCCAGCAAGUAAAGUUGAACACACUUGUACAAAAUUAUUCAGAACUGAAUUUUAGAAGCAUCCAUAAUUGCUUUUUGUCGUAUCUUAUAUUUUCUAAUCAAUAUUUUAAAAGCAUAAUGUUUAUGUUUUUUAAAUUUGCAUUCUAUGAUUGUUUAUAUAUGUAUAUAAAACAGUGUGUUGGAAAAAGCUCAAAUUUUCAAAGUUUGACAAAAUUAACAUGAAACUUUUUUGUGUAGAAAUUCUAAAAGACCAAACCAAUGACAAAUUAUAGGUGUUGAGUAUUAUUUUUAUUUUUCAUUGAACCAUUUUUUUCAUGGUAAUGGAAUUGUCUAUUCUUUCGAUCUAUUUCCCCACCCCCUUCCCUUGAAAAAAAAAUAUUUUUAUUUUGUAAACAUUUUUGCAUUUUUAACUGACACAAAUUCAAGAUUUUUUCUAGUGG